AUGGGUAGGCAUUCUUGUUGUUACAAGCAGAAGUUAAGGAAAGGCCUCUGGUCUCCAGAAGAAGAUGAAAAACUUGUAAAGCACAUAACUAAAUAUGGACAUGGAUGUUGGAGUUCUGUCCCAAAACUAGCUGGGCUUCAACGGUGUGGAAAGAGCUGCAGGUUAAGGUGGAUUAAUUAUUUAAGGCCUGAUUUGAAAAGAGGGACUUUCUCACAGGAGGAAGAGAAUUUGAUUAUUGAAUUGCAUGCAGUUCUUGGAAACAGGUGGUCACAAAUUGCUGCACAAUUGCCUGGAAGAACAGAUAAUGAAAUCAAGAAUCUAUGGAACUCCUCUAUAAAGAAGAAACUGAGGCAAAGAGGCAUUGACCCUAAUACUCACAACCCAAUUUCUGAGGUUGAAAAUGGAGAAAAUGCUUCUCCAAGCAGCAAAAACAAUGAGAAAGCAUCUGAAGGAAUCAGUGAACUGACUUUUGUAGAUUCGGGAAAUUCGAGAAAACUAAAUUCAUCCCUGGAUCAGUAUCCACUUAUACAAAACAAUUCCAGUAAUUUGGCAACAACUCAUGAAUUUUUCAUGAAUAGGUUUAUUGCCAGCCAUGAAAGCUCCACUACUGAUAAUAAGCCUUCAGAUUUAUCUGAGUAUGUCUCCUUUCAGCAAUUGAAUUAUAGUCCUAAUAAUAUAGGGCUUUCGAUGAAUCCCAACACCUCGAAUUUGUUCUUCAAUCCGAAUUCCAAGUCAUCAGGGAUAGAAUCUGAGUUCAAUUCUUGUGUAACAAAUACUGUUCUUCCUUCCCUACCAAGCUCGUUUCUUUCGUUUUCUACUCGUAUGAAGUCUUCGACAAGUCUUCCCCCGGAUAGUCCUAUAGGCCUUUUAAGUACGAAACUCCAGAAUUGGGAUGGGUGCAACCUUGGUAACAAUGGAAGCACAAGCAAUGUAACUAGCAGCAGCAUCUUUGAAAAUAAUGUCUUUCCAUGGGGAGCCACAGACUGUGUAAGACCCGAAAAACAAGCCAAUGUUCCUUCAUCAGAACACGAAAUCCCUGAAGAUAUAAAGUGGUCAGAAUAUCUUCAUACUCCAUUCAUACUAGGAAAUUCUAUUCAGAAUCAAAGUGAUCAAGAUUUAUUCGGCGAGACGAAAUCAAGAACACAAGUUUCAACAGAAGGUCCAUUAAGUAAUACUCCCAACUGGUAUCCAAAUCAGCAGCAGCAGCAAAAUUUACAAGCUGCAGAUAUGUCAGCAAGCAUUUUCAGAGGCUUCAUGCCACCUUUGGACAAUUUGCUUAGUUUAUUACAUUAA